AGUGUAGUCCGGAGUUCAUAGUUCAGAUAACUCCUAACUGAAGCUGGAAAGUUGAGAGAGUUGACGGUUACUGCUACAUCUCCCCGGCCCAAGCGUAGUGGUACAAGACAAGUGUCCCCGGAGAGACAGAUGGCAUUCUUCAGCUCAUCCCUUCUUCUUCUUGCGUAACUGACGCGGUAUCGGUUACUGCUGCUGCUCUGAAUCCGGCGCUGGUCGGUGUAAAACGGAAGCAAUGCGGCGUAGCGUAACGCCCUGCAGGAGUUAAUUGGAGUUAAGCGCAAGCGAUAUAGCGAUUGAUCGAUCGCUUGGAGAAAGCGCGUGGCCGCGGAUUCCAUGGAAGCACCGAAUUAAGCUGAUUAUUCCAUGGAGACGACACAGAGCAGCAUAGCCUAGGCGUAAUGGUCACGCCGGACGGCGAGCUGCUGCAACCACGCUGACCUUGGUUCCCAGCUGCUGCUUUAUAUAUAUCUCGGGAGACAGAAGUAGUCAGUGGCACAGGCACACGCAUGGCGUCUGGUGGUCGCAUGCGGGAGCUCGCGAGGUUCUGCAGGCAGGUCCACGCCCUCCUCCUCAAGAACUUCUCCUUCCAGAGGAGGAACCUGGCGACGAACGCGGCGAUCGCGGCGUUCCCGGUGAUCCUGUGCGUGCUGCUGGUGGGCAUCCAGACGGUGGUGGACCACGAGCUGGACAGGCCGCCGUUCCAGUGCGGCUGCGCCCAAGCCAGCCUCGACGGCUACAGCCAAAGGACGGAGUGCGGCAUCCAGCACUCCACGCCCACGCAGGCGCUCAGCUGCGAGGUGCCCAAGCCGCCCAGGUGGCCCGCGCUCGUCCAGGCCCCUCAGCCCUGGGCCCGGGCCUCGACGUCCGUGCACCCCGCGCCCUGCAGCAGCAACGCCAGUGAUCCCCGGCCCUGCCCCGUCUCCGUGCUCCUCACCGGCAUCAACCGUGGCCUCGCUCAAAGCCUUGGAAGGGGGCUGUUCCCGGAGAUCCCUCCGGCAGACUUGCUCUCCUUUUAUCAAAAUAGCAACUCUUCAGACUACCUUGAGCAGCUCUCCAAAACCGUUGCGGGCACAAGCACGUUACCGGCGCACGUGCUGUUCGUGGAGCCCGGCCUUGUGCCCAACGAGACCUUGUACAUGAUCCAGCCCAAGUGUUCCUGGCGUCCACACAACGUUUCAGGGGUUUCUGAUGGAAUGCCGCUCGAUCUCGGUGUGCAUUGUGUUCAAGGUUUGCCAUUGUGGUGUGACAAUUCAUCAGUGAUAAAUCGCCAUUUGCUUAAGGGGUACAAGGGUGCGAAUAAGAGGAGAAGAUCAAAUGAAUUCCUUGCUGGUUAUGACUUUCUUGACACAAGCAAGGGGCGCUUCAAUGUGUACAUUUCAUACAACUCCACCUUCAGCAGGGAUAACGGACACCAUGCCAUGACAGUGUUGCGCGUUCCACGGUUGGUUAAUAUGGCAUCCAAAGCAUAUUUGAAGAUUCUUAAAGGAGUGCAAGCAGAAAUGCGCCUGCACUUUUUGAAAGAGAUGCCCAAAGCUGCAAUCAAAAUCAGGCUGGACCUUACCACUCUGCUUGAUGCACUGUUCUUUACAUGGACGGUUCAACUCCUUCUUCCAAUAAUAUUAACACACCUUGUAUACGAGAAGCAACAGAACCUAAGACUAAUGAUGAAAAUGCAUGGGCUGAAGGAUGGACCAUACUGGAUGAUAUCUUAUGCCUACUUCUUGUCCCUUUCAGCAGUAUAUAUGUUAUUAUUUGUGAUGUUCGGCUCAUUUAUAGGUCUUGACAUAUUCAGAUUAAACAGCUAUUGCAUUCAGUUUGCGUUCUUUUUCAUCUACAUCAACCUACAGAUUGUUCUUGCUUUUCUCCUAGCGUCUUUCUUCUCAUCAGUCAAGACUGCUAGUGUAAUUAGUUACAUUUACGUCUUCGGCUCCAGCCUUCUCGGAGAAGCGCUUUUGCAGUUGUUCAUUGAGGAUACUACCUUCCCAAGGCCUUGGCUUGUAAUAAUGGAGCUUGUUCCAGGGUUCUCCCUCUACAGAGGAAUUUACGAGUUAGCAGAGUAUGCUGCUGCAGGGAGUCAUAUGGGAAAGUCUGGAAUGCAAUGGGGGGACUUAAAUGACCCGGUCAACGGGAUGAAAGAUGUUUUGGUUCUAAUGUCAAUAGAAUGGAUACUUCUGCUUCCUGUGGCAUUUUUGUUGGAUCAUAGACCUGCAUGGCAUCCUCUAUUUCUCUUCGGGAUUCUGUCGACGAAGCACUCAUCGCCGUCAUGGAGACCAGGCCUUGUGAGGCAGAUAUCCACGAAGGUCUUCACUGAUAUGUCAAAGACUGAUGUUUUCCUUGAGCGCAAAGUGGUGAAAAGGUUACUGAAGGAAAUGGACAUUAGGAAUAUGAUCAUCUGUCAUAAUCUGAAGAAAGUGUACCGCGGGAAGAAUGGAAACCCCGACAAGCAAGCCGUCAGAGGGUUGUCGCUUGCUUUGCGCAAAGGGCAGUGUUUCGGAAUGCUUGGUCCCAAUGGGGCAGGGAAGACAUCCUUCAUCAACAUGAUGAUUGGGCUUGUCGCACCGACCUAUGGAACUGCUUACAUACAUGGAAUGGAUUUGAGAAAAGAUAUGAAUGAAAUAUAUGAAAACAUUGGUGUAUGCCCGCAGCACGAUUUGCUUUGGGAGACGCUGACAGGAAAAGAGCAUCUAAUGUUCUAUGGCCGGAUGAAGAACCUCACAGGUGCUGCUCUAAAGAAGGCAGUAGAAGAAUCCCUGAAGAGCGUAAAUCUUUUCCACUGCGGUUUCGGCGACAAAUCUGUAAACAAGUACAGUGGUGGCAUGAAAAGAAGGCUCAGUGUCGCCAUCGCACUCAUCGGCAAUCCUAAAGUGCUUCCCACAACCAUUUCUUCAUUCCUUCCACAAAGCAUUUCAGAGAAGUUCACAGAUAACAGUUACCAUUUUCUCUGUGAUCGAUCAGGUUGUGUACAUGGACGAACCGAGCACCGGAUUGGACACGGCAUCCAGGAAUGAUCUGUGGAACGUCAUCAAGCGAGCAAAGAAGGAAUG